ACGCCGGGAUCGUCGUGCCAAGAUCAUACCGUGGUUUACUUUAUUCUGACCCGUUAUUGGUUUGAAUGAGCAGAGUUUGACUCUUGCAUUCGAUCUCGAUAAUGGUGCUGGAAUCUAUGUUAAUUCGCAAUUUGAUUUUCGUGGCCAAGCUCCGUGAUGGUGUUGUUUGAUGCACCUGUGAUGCCGAAAGUGUCUCGCCUCCUGGUGGUUUGGCAUCGGGUGUUUUGCGUGCUUUCAGCAUACUUCGCUCAAGCUUGGACUGAUUUUUCAUGUAAGCCUUUCAAGUCGCUUGCUGGGUUUUCCAGCUCUCGCUUGCCUUUGCCAUUAUGUUGUGGCAUGACAAGGAAGAAGAAAGAAGUUGUUAAAUGGUUCAGAAGGUGUCGGAUAGGAUCUGUAGCAAAUGCAUUAUGGUUCCUGCUGGCCAUUUUCGCUUUGGUUUGUUUAUGCUGUUAUCUUUCUCAAGCCAUGGGAGAGCUCAGAGAAGCGUUGCUGACUUGGUGGAUCUAUGAAAUGCAAUGUGGUGAAAGAAAGGGGAAAAGGACCCGGCGCCAGCAGUCCAAGUUUCACUGUCGGCAACGACGAGGAAAAGACACCGGUAAGAAGAAGAAUUCGUCUCAGAAAAGUGAAGGGAGAAUAAGGUGGAAGAAAAGGGAGAAAGGAGCCGCCGCCGGCAGCCUAAGCUUCUCUGAUGACGACGAUGUCCAGAGAGAGCACUUUGUUAUGAUUUAAUUUUUGAGGUCUCCCUUCUCCAAUAGAAUGCACCAGAACAUUCCCCAUUCUCCCUCCCAUCAUUCUUUCCCUUUAUAGAGUUAAAUUUUUUGUCUCAAAAGCAAAGGCAAUCGGGAUAGAGGAAUAGGGGGAGAGUGGGCUGGUUCUGGGUUCAUUUCUGGAGUGGGUCGGCUGGCGCUUCUCAUUUCAAUUCUGGUUAGGGAACGAUCGAGGGAAGUAUGCAGAGGAAUGACAGAGGAAAGGUGGGUGGAAGAUUAUAGGAUCGUUUCUGAGCAAUUGGAACGACGAAGAGUAUAGCUUCUCACUUUGUUUCAGAUCAGGGGAAGGACGGAGGGAAGUGUGCAGUGUAACGACGGAGGAAAGGUGGGUGGAGAUAUUAUGGGGUCGUUUCUGGCGAGGGUAAUCACGGAAGGGAGGUCUUGAAUAACUAAAGCCCUUCAACUAAGUGGAUGCCUCCUGUUGUAAUGCCUUACAGGUUAUUUCUAUUUAUGGUUCCUGCUGAUUGUUUGUUCAGUGCCCCCAUCUAUCUUACAUCCAUGUACUAAUGGAUUUAUAAUGUUCCCUUGC